UAAUAAACUGUCGGAAAUGUAUGGAAUCGAUUAGAAUUAUUUCGAGUCUAAUAGGAAACACCUUCCUAUUGUAGGAUUUCCAACUUUUUAUCAAUUAUUGUAUUUUAGAAUUGAAAAUGUUUAAGAUACAACAGUUUGAGCCAUUAUUGAAUAAAAUAAACUUAAUAUAUGGAAGUAAGAAGUUUUCAAUCGGAGUAAUAAAUUGUAAAAUUAAUAUUGAUAAGAUUCUUAUUGCAAAUAGAGGAGAAAUUGCUUGUCGUAUUAUAAGAACUGCAAAAAAACUUGGUAUCAAAACUGUUUCAGUUUAUAGUGAAAUAGACAAAGAUUCCAUGCAUGUUGCACUUGCUGAUGAAGCAUAUUGUAUUGGACCAGCACCAUCAUCUCAGAGUUACCUAAGGCAAGAUAAAAUUAUAUCAAUUGCUAAAAAUGUAAAAUGUCAAGCAAUUCAUCCAGGGUAUGGUUUUUUAUCUGAAAAUGCUGAAUUUGCUGAAUUAUGUCAAAGACAAAAUAUUAUUUUUAUUGGACCAUCUUCUACUGCUAUCCAAAAAAUGGGAAUUAAAAAUAUAUCUAAAUUAAUUAUGGCUAAUGCCGGAGUCCAAAUUAUUAAAGGAUAUCAUGGAAAUGACCAAUCAAAUAAAACGUUAAUGAAUGAAGCACAUAUAAUUGGUUUUCCAGUAAUGAUUAAGGCAGUUCGUGGUGGUGGAGGUAAAGGUAUGAGAAUUGCAUGGAAUGAAAGAGAAUUUUAUCAAGCAAUAGAAUCUGCUAGAUUGGAGUCUCAAAAAGCAUUUGGAGAUUCAGCAAUUCUUUUAGAGCAAUAUAUUACUGAACCAAGACACAUUGAAGUACAAAUUUUUGCAGAUACACAUGGUAAUGUUGUUCAUUUAUUUGAAAGAGAUUGUACAAUUCAACGAAGACAUCAAAAGAUUAUUGAGGAAUCUCCUGCUCCUGGAAUUUCAGAAAAACUUAGAAAAGAGCUUGGCGAAGCUGCUAUUCAGGCAGCAAAAUCUGUUGGUUAUGUAAGCGCUGGUACAAUUGAAUUUAUAAUGGAUAAAUAUACAAAUACAUUCUAUUUUAUGGAAAUGAAUACGCGUUUGCAAGUAGAACAUGCAGUUACAGAGAUGAUUACAGGUAUAGAUUUAGUUGACUGGCAAUUUAGAGUUGCAGCUGGUGAAGAAUUACCUCUGAAACAAGAACACAUUUCAUUAAAUGGCCAUGCUUUGGAAGCUCGAGUAUAUGCAGAAAAUCCAAAAGAAGGAUUUUUGCCAGUCACUGGUAAACUUUUCUAUUUGAAUUCACCAAUAUUAUCUGAAAAUGUUCGAGUAGAUACUGGCAUUCGUAAAAAUGAUAAAGUAUCAGUACAUUAUGAUCCAAUGAUUGCUAAAUUAAUAGUUUUGGGAAAAAAUAGAAACGAAGCUUUAAAUAUAAUGCAAUCUAAGCUUUCAGAAUAUAAUAUUGUAGGGUUGGAAACUAAUAUAGAGUUUAUUAAAGAUAUCUGUAAACAUCCAAAGUUUAGAAAUAACGAAAUUCACACUGGAUUUGUAGAAGAAAAUUAUCAAACUUUAUUAAAUGAAAUUCAAGUACCAAAUCAUUUGCUAGCCGAUGCAGCACUUGCACUCAUUUUAAAUGAAGAAGCAGAAUCUUUAAAAUUUUCUAUUUGCACAAACGAUCCAUUUAAUCCUUUUGCAGUUGAAACUGGACUACGAUUAAAUCAUUCAUUGGACAGACUCUUUGAUUUUAAAGUUAAUAAUGAAAAUUAUGUUAUUAGUGUACAAUACAUUGAACCAGAAGUAUAUCGUAUGAGAAUAAAUUAUUCUGGACAGUGGAAAACAGUAACAGGAUCUUUAAAACAAGAAAAUGAUAAACUAUUAUUAAAAUCUAAUAUUGAUGGUAUUGUACGAAAGUGUUACAUUGUUAAAAUGGGAAACGAAUUACAUUUAUUUACUUGUGAUAGAAGUUGGAAAGUUGUUGUUCCUCCACCAAAGUAUAUAAAAGAGCUAUUAAACCAAAGUAGCGCAUAUUUUGAUGUUGCAAUUAGCCCUAUGCCAGGUAUUGUUGACCAAAUAUUAGUUACUGAAGGUACUGAAGUUCAAAUUGGUGAUCCAUUGCUAAUAAUUGUUGCCAUGAAAAUGGAGUAUUUAGUUAAAGCAAAAUCAAUUGGAAUGGUUGAAAAGAUUUUGUGUAAAAUUGGAGAAAAUGUUACCAAAAAUAAGCUCUUGAUAAAAUUUAAAGGCGAUCCUGUAUAAUUAUUGAAUUCAUUUUCAAACAAAAUAAAUUUUAA